AUGGAAAAUUAUUUACAAAAUGCUUCACACGUUUCACUAAAAACUGCGCCCACGAUCACAAAUGGAUAUACAUGGAAAAACUAUUUAUAUAAGAGCUCCUUAGACUCUGCUCGUGAGGGAGAAGAAGAAGAAAGAUCAAACGAGAAAAUAAAAUUGUUUCAAACUGCAAAUAACCCACAUUCGUACGCAAAACGUGAUUGUGAAUUAUGA